AUGGCCGCAGAGUCGUCGAAGCCCCCGUCGAAGCGGCGGAUGAGAGUCCAAAAGUCGUGCACCGAGUGCCAGAGACGGAAGCAGAAGUGCAUUAUCCGGCAGUCAGACGCGCCAUGCGUAAACUGCUCGAGGCGCUUCCCGCCUGUGGAGUGUACCAUCAUUCAGGCCGACUCUUAUAACCCUAGGCCAGUGUACGAGGACCGGGUUCUGACUUUUGACUUGUCCUCGCUGUCAAGAGGAUCGGGAAAGCAGCCAGAGGUUGCAUUCCAUGACCUUUAUUCGAAAGCUUUACUACCGUUCAUGUCCACGACCCUACCAGGGGCCCUGGCUGUGCGAAACCACCAGAGAGCAAGGGCCAGAUUACAAGAUGCUGGUGUUGAUGGCCUCGGAGGAUCAAGAACGCACUUCUCCAGUCGCCUUGAAGAUGAAGCUGAGGCCUUGGCCAAGGCGAAGGCGAAGGCCCAUACCAAUCUCUUCCUCGAUGGGAAUGGCGACCCGAUGGCAUUUUAUCACAGCAGUCCCGCUACCAUUGGUGGCAUACUCACGGAGGUGACGACUCUCCAUGGGAUGCCGCUUCCUGAAAGCUCCAGAACAGCAGAGCUUCUUCACUUUUAUAUCGAGGUCGUCGCACCCAACUUGGUGUCCAUUGACGGGCAGAGCCAGCCGCCAAUCUUUCUCACAGAUGUUUUACCGUGGAUGCUGCAGUCCCCUCUGUUCCCUAACAUCGGCAUUUUGAUGUCGUCGACGACCCAGUCACUUGAGCAGGGAGUGGAAAUCUCCAAGAACCCAGAAUCCCUCGCUCUCAAAGCCCGGGUGUUGUCCAUCAUAGCGGAUUACAUGGAGCGCCCGUUCGACGCCAUCGCGAUUGAGAUGGUCCGGUCCAUCGUGAAUCUUGUGGUUAUGGAGUGGUUCUGGGGCGCCGACGAAAGUAUGUUUGCCCACAUGAGAGGCAUCAAGCGCAUGAUCGAGCUCCGGAAAGGCAUGCGUGGUCUGGGGGACGUUGUGGGCGAGUCCAUCAUGAUUCUCACCGACUAUGAGAUUGCGUGCGCCUUCGAGACGGAUCUCUACUGGCUGGAGAGCGAUCCGGUCCGAGACGAGGAAAUUCCGGUCCCGACGACGUGGCCUGACUGCUACGACAGCCCACUGCUGGCGUCCUCAUCUCGAUUCGAGAGCAUCGCUGGGAAGCUUGGGUUGUGCGCGCCGGCUGCCAAGAUUCUGGACGAUGUACGGUUCCUCACGGUUUCCGUCACUUCAGCAUCGGCCUCGGCGAGCUGCAAAUCGAAAAUUCGCACCACCGCAUCCUGGCUACGUAGUAGACUGCGCGAUAGGGGCAGCUUCGAACGCCUGGCGAUCUCCUGGUCCAUCGAGUCGAUGCGUCAGAUAUCGCGGUUUGAUGACGACGAGACGCUCGAGGCUGCCGUAAGCAUGACAACGUGGAAGCGGAUCCCGGGGGUUUUCCUCUGGAUCAUGCUGGUGGCGGUCCCGAACGCGGCACCGGACGCCAAGGGGAGGUUCGUUAGGAGGAAGAUGGCCGUCACGGGGCUGGCGAUCGGGUUCGAGGACUUCGUGCUCGGGAUAUCGUAUCUCAAAGCCUUCUGGGGCGUUCAACAGUGGAUCGCCAGGGAGGGCGACACGGGGGUGCAGAGGCUGGAGGACAAGUGGUCUUCUGGUCUUGGCCGGGAGGCUCGGUCGAGUCACAAGAACCACGACAACAUCAGACACUCGUAG